AAGCAGAAGGACGAGCGGACCAAGCAGAAGGAAAGAUGCGAGACGUAACCUUUCAGGACUACAUACGCAAUCUACAGACCAUCAUCGUCCCGGCCUUGAUCGUCGAGGAUGAUACAACUAAACGGUCUAGCGGAAGCGCCACCGAUGUCCACGGUAAGGUUUACCCCUGAACCGUACGCCGAUGGGACGAGUUUCCUCUCCUCUGCGAAAAGCAGUUCGACGACAUGGCCAAGAAGAACCUCUCACCCAAUUCGAGAAAAGACGAGAAGGACAUCGUACCCUUCAUCCGCGCCUACGCCGAACGACCUGCUAUGGUGAUAGUGAACAAAUUUGCCGCGGCGCAUGAGCUCCUCCAAGGCACCGAGCUUCAGUUCCGCAACAACGCAUACGGCCUUCAUCCCAAACUAGUUCAGGGCGACGGGAAGAGCCUGCCGCCACCCAAUAAGAAGAGAUCUCCGGACCGCUCAACUAGCCUAGCCCCCGGCCGAUGGGCAGUCCGCAUCGCCCAAAAAACCAACAUCGAAACAACAGCUCUGGUGGGUGAGUACAAGGCUGCUCACAAGCUCCCAGGGGCGAGCUACCACCAGGUCCUCGGUAGCGGCCCUCUUCCCAAGACGUUCUUUGAAGAUUGCGCUUGGCAGGUCGAAGCCGAACCGGAGGCCGGUCGGCUUAGUACCGAGAGCACCAAGGUGGCCAAGGUUCUAUGCCGAGCCUACCAUUACAUGAUUGUCACUGGUCUAGAGUAUGGAUACGCUGCGUCGGGGGAAUGCAUGGUCUUUCUCACUAUCCCGUUUAACACCCCCGACGUCAUGCUUAUCCACCAAGUCCCCUACACCUCACCUGUCCCACCUCAAUUUUUUGGGGUAAAUGGUUUGGUUCUGUUCUGUUUGGGUCGUCUGUAAGGGAGCACGGGCUCCACAGAGUGCUGGGGUUUGGUAAUUAUGAAGAUAGAACAAAGGGUAAGCUCCUAUCGCACGGGUAAUACAGUCAAAUCGGAAUGCGACUCAAAGUGUAUGAGUGCAGUGAAUGUGUAUUGCUUGCUUGAAGAACCAAGCAACAACUAUCUAAGACCGUGGUUACGGUCAUCGUAUAUAUCUAAGGCGGGCCAAUCAGAGCGUUGCUCUGUUGCUCUCAGGACAGAGCAACAGAGCGUUCCGCUCUGUGCCCCGCAAUACAGAGCAAAGGUGGGGCACUCCUGCUCUGUGUUGCCCAGGACAGAGCAACUGUGGGUCCAGCCCCGCAGUCCUCCUGCCUGCCAGUCAUUGGCUAUU